CCAUCAUCCAUCAUCCAUCAUUAACAAAGCCGAUAAAGCUCCUCGUAAAAAAAAUUGACAAGGUCUCAGCCCACCAAAAUACAUGAAGGACCCAUCUUAUUUCAAACUGAUCUCUCAACUUUUCGUCAUUCUUUAAAAGUAAGAGAAUCUACUAGUCAAUACAAUAAUAAUCUUCAUACCUAUCUCAAAGCUUCAUCCUUCUCUCUUCCUUUUCUCUCUCUUCUCUCAUACUACUUUUUACCUGACCCGACUUAUUCAUUACACCCAAGAAUCCCUUUCUUACCUCCCACCUUACCUUAACCUUACCUCAAUCUUAUACCCCUCCAACCUAUUUACUUUCAACAAAACAACCAACUCAAAUUCCAUCAUGGCUCCUCAACCCCCACCACCCCUCGAGGGAAAGAAGAGACGCAUCGCUAUCAUGACCAGUGGAGGUGAUUCCCCUGGUAUGAAUGGUGUUGUGCGAGCUUGCGUUCGAAUGGCAAUUUAUAAAGGAUGUGAACCAUACUGUAUCUAUGAAGGAUAUGAAGGUUUAGUUCAAGGAGGAAAAUUGAUCAAGAAGAUGGGCUGGGAAGAUGUCCGUGGAUGGCAAUCAGAAGGAGGUACCCUUAUUGGUACUGCCAGAUGUAUGACUUUCUAUGAACGACCCGGCAGAUUACAAGCAGCAAAGAACAUGGUGUUGAGUGGAAUUGAUGCUCUCAUCAUCUGCGGUGGUGACGGUUCCUUGACUGGAGCUGAUAAAUUCAGAGCGGAAUGGCCUGGAUUGAUCAAGGAAUUGAUUGAAAAGAAGGAAUUAUCGGAACAACAAGUCGCACCAUUCAAACAUCUCAACAUCGUUGGAUUGGUCGGUUCAAUUGAUAAUGAUAUGUCUGGUACCGAUGCUACAAUUGGUUGCUUUUCAGCUCUUGGCAAGAUUUGUGAGAUGGUGGAUUAUAUCGAACAAACUGCUUCAUCACAUUCAAGAGCUUUCGUUAUUGAGGUUAUGGGUAGACAUUGUGGUUGGCUGGCUUUGAUGGCUGGUGUUGCUACUGGUGCAGAUUUCGUUUUCAUUCCAGAAAAACCAAGAGCAGACAAUUGGAAGGAAGAGAUGCACAAGGUCAUUCAAAAGCAUCGACAACUGGGAAAGAGAAAGACAAUUGUUAUUGUUGCUGAAGGUGCUCAUGAUCAAGGAGGAAAUAAGAUUUCUCCAGAAAUGAUCAAGGAUCUUCUUGCAGACAAGAAUGGACUCGCUCUUGAUACACGUAUUUCAACACUGGGUCAUGUUCAACGUGGUGGUUCUGCAUGCGCUUACGAUCGAUACCUUUCCACUUUACAAGGUAUCGAAGCAGUCAACGCUGUUCUUGAUGCUACGCCAGAAACGGUUACCCCUUUCAUCGCCAUUAACGAGAACAAAAUUACAAGAAAACCACUUGUUCAAUCUGUUAUUGACACUCAAGAAGUUGCAAAGGCUAUUGAAGCAAAAGACUUCGAGAGAGCUAUGUCACUCAGAGACACAGAAUUUUCUGACUUUUACGAUUCCUACAUGACUACAACAGCUACUGAUCUCAACAAUGAAAUGCGUCUUCCUGACAAGAAGCACAUGAGAAUUGCUAUCGUACACGUUGGAGCCCCAGCUGGUGGUGUUAACGCCGCUACACGUGCAGCUGUUGCUUAUUGCUUAACUCGUGGACAUACACCAAUUGCUAUUCAUAAUGGUUUCGCUGGUUUUGCCCGUCAUCACCAAGAUAACCCAGGAUCGGUUCGAGAAUUUGAUUGGUUAGAAGUUGAUGGAUGGGCUAGCAAGGGUGGCUCAGAAAUUGGUAUGAACCGCGAACUGCCAUCAGAAUCUGGAAUGCCAUUGAUCGCAUCACUUUUUGAGAAAUUUAAGAUUGAUGGUCUUCUCAUCAUUGGAGGUUUCGAAGGUUUCCAUGCCUUGUCUGAACUCCGUCAAGCAAGAGAAACUUACUCUUCUCUUUGCAUUCCUAUGACUUUACUUCCAGCCACUAUUUCCAACAACGUUCCAGGAACAGAAUAUUCAAUUGGUUCGGAUACUUGUUUGAACGAACUUGUCCGUUAUUGCGAUACCAUUAAACAAUCCGCUUCAGCUUCCCGUCGUCGUGUUUUCGUUAUUGAAACUCAAGGAGGUCGAUCUGGUUAUGUUGCUACCAUGGCUGGUCUCGCUGUUGGUGCAUCAGCUGUCUAUACUCCUGAAGAAGGUGUCAGUAUUGGUAUGCUCGCAGCAGAUAUCGCACAUCUCAAAGAAGUAUUCGAAAAAGACAGUGGUCAAUCAAGAGCUGGACGUCUUAUUCUCAUCAACGAAAAAGCAUCAAAGGUUUACCACGCCAAACUUAUCGCUGAUAUGAUUCGUGAAGAAGCUGCCGAUCGCUUCGAAUCCAGAGAUAGUAUUCCAGGUCACGUUCAACAAGGUGGUACUCCAUCUCCUAUGGAUCGUACCCGAGCCGUUCGCUUAGCUAUCAAAUGUAUUGAACAUCUCGAACAAUAUGAAGAUAGAACCGAUAAAAAGAUUAUCGAGGAUAAACAAAGUUCAACGGUUAUUGGUAUCAAGGGUGCACAAGUUGUAUUCUCUAGUAUGGUUGAUGUUGAAGAGAACGAAACAGAUUGGGCAAAUAGAAGACCAAAGGAUGAAUUUUGGAUAGAUUUGAAGGGAUUUGUGGAUAUUCUUGCUGGUAGACCGAAUGUCCCAAGACCGGAGCGUAAAUUAAAGGGAUGGAAGGCAAAGGAUAGCAAGAGGGGUUUGAUUUGAGAGGGUGGAGAUUGAACGAGGAGGGGAAAUAUUUCUAUAUGGGAUGCACUGGCUUGUAUUACUAAAUCUGAAAGGAUUUGGAGAAAAAAACCCCCCGAAAACGAGAAAUGAGAGAUGAGGAAUCGAAACGAAACAAAAGGAAAGAAUGAACUGAUGUGAUUGAUGGGAUGGCAUGGGACACGAACCUUUUGGUAGGGAUAAAUGAAUGAAUGAAUUGAGAUGAAAUAAGAUGGGAUGAUGCAUGGAAAGGGGGAAGAAACGAAGAACGAAACAGAGAAAGAAACAUAAAUAGCUCGGAGUAGUUAGUUUUCAGUAUUGAUAUCAAUGAGAUGGAUGAUGACUUAUUUAAUGACUUGACUUUCAUGGUGUUUUAAAAUGGUGUUUCGAUGUGAUAUUUCUUGGAUGAAUAUAAGCG